AUGGAAGUCUACAAAGCACUAUGUUUGAUGAAUCUACUAGUUGCAUUCCUUUCAAAAGGGUCUCACUCUCAGUUGGAUGUAUGCGGAACCCCUCUCAACACUAGGAUUGUGGGGGGUCAGGAUGCUCUUGCAGGGAGUUGGCCAUGGCAGGCCAGUCUGCACAGAUCUGGCAGGCAUUUUUGUGGGGGAUCCCUCAUCAACAAAGAGUGGGUGCUGACUGCUGCUCACUGCUUCUCCAGCCCCAGUACAUCAAAUUUGGUGGUCUACGUUGGUCGUCAGAACCAGAAGGGCUCUAACCCCAACGAGGUGGACCGCGGGGUCACUCAGAUCAUGUCCCACCCCAACUACACCAGAAGUACUAAUGACAAUGACAUGUGUCUUCUCAAGCUCUCCUCCCCUCUGACUUUUACCAACUACAUCCGGCCAGUCUGCCUAGCUGCACCAGGCAGCUCUUUUCAUGCCGGCACUACUAGCUGGGUCACUGGCUGGGGCACCAUCCGCAGUGGAGUGUCCCUGCCCUCACCAAAGACCCUACAGGAGGUGGAUGUGCCAGUAGUGGGAAACAGGCUGUGUAACUUUAACUAUGGAGUAGGUUCAAUCACAGACAACAUGAUCUGUGCUGGUCUAGCAGCAGGAGGAAAGGAUUCCUGUCAGGGGGACUCCGGAGGUCCGAUGGUAACCAAUCAGGGUACUCGCUGGAUCCAGUCUGGUGUUGUGAGUUUCGGCAAAGGCUGUGCCCUGGCAAAAUUCCCAGGAGUGUACACCAGAGUGUCCCAGUACCAGACCUGGAUCAACAGCCAGAUCAGCAGUGACCAGCCUGGCUUUGUCACCUUCUCCUCCAGUGGGACUGACUCUGACCUCAGUGUCUUCUCUGUGGUGUGUGGCAGCGCUAGCUCCUCUUUGAACUCCCAUGUUGGUGGCGGAAGCUCGUUGGCGACAGCAGGUUUGUGGCCCUGGAUAGCCAGCAUACAGACUAACGGAGCGCACCUCUGCGGGGGCACUUUAGUGGCGGUAGACUCUGUCAUGAGUGAUGCCAGCUGCUUUUCUAGCUGAGGAAGUUCUGCAGGAGUUGCAGACCUCUGUGGUGGAAUGUGUGAAUGUUUCGUCUACGGACAACAUUUGCACCGGAGCUGUGACACUACUGCAGGGUAAUGCCGGUGGUCCUUUGAUGUGUAAGCAUGGCAACUCAUGGUUCCAGACUGCUGUGUUGACUGUCGACAGCAGCACCAAUAAAGCACGUCGGAGCAGGGAUCCCCGCACUUCCCCUAUCCAAGUCUUCACCAAAACCUCCCACUUCCAAAACUUCCUGACUGCCAAUUUGGGAACCUUCCUAUCCCCUGCUACCUCAGCUGGUGGCAGCAGUGGAGCUUCCCUGGCCCACUCCUCUCUCCUCGUCUCCCUCUCCUCCGUCCUACUGUUGGGUUGGUACUAGGAAACUCCACGGCUACCAUUGACAAGCACUCUCUUUUUACUAUUUUUGCUGUCAAUGUUUUUGUAUCAGUAGCAUUUUCUGGAUACUAUUUUGUUAUGACACUUACAGCAUUGCUGUUUGAGACGCAAUAUGCAAGAUUUUCUGUUAACUGUCUGGGUAUGUGUAACAUUGUAACAUGACAAUAUCCAGAUACCAUGUAAAACAAUGGAACAUAAAUGUUGCCAGAGUUGACCCUUUCUAGCCUGAGCGAAAUGUUCCAUUUCUUGCAGGAUCAAGACCUCUGCAUAUAUUAAUGGGUAUACGUUGCUGAUGUAAAAAUUGAUAGGCAUUUUGAAAGCUGAGAAACAGCCCCUUGACUGAUUGCUAUUGUAUGUCACAUUUCAAGAAAUAACCUGUGAAAAUAUGCUUCCUAUACAAAAAUCUAUGCUUUCUCCCAAACUGCCAUUCCCAUAACUUUUUAAUGAAGAUGAGGAAAGAGAGUAUAUUGUCUUUGUUUGAUAAGUGUUGAACAUUUGAAAUCAGAAUAGAAAUACCUUUUACUGAUGUUAUUUUUCAAAAAUUCUAUGGAAUAUUCCUUGAUCAGACACUAUCUGGUUAGUAAAUAAAUAAAACUCUGCAUCAAAACAAAUUACAACCAGCAUUUAGUCUUACAUAAGGAAAUAAGUAAUAUAAUAUUAAAACAACCUUAUUCUUUCAAUGAAGUUAUGGGGAAUAGAUUGUCUGUCAUAGCCAUAACAUUCAUCUCAGUGAUUUUUACCAUAAACAUUGAUCUGGAAUUACAGUGCCUAUAGAAAGACUACGCUCCCUUAACUUUUUCAAAAUGUUGUUGUGAGAAAAUAAGUAUAUAUUAAAAAUACAAAACUGAAAUAUCAUAACUGGAUAAGUCUCCAUCCCCCUGAUUUAAUACUUGGCAGAAGCACCUUCGGCAGCAAUUUCAGCUGUGAGUGCUGGAAUAAGUUUCUACCAACUUCGUAUUUAGAACUCUUGACUUUUUCCACAUUUUGUUACAUUACAGCCUUAUUGUAAAAUUCAUUAAAUUCCUCAAUCUAUACACAA